AUGGAUCCCCUCGAGGAAUCGCCAUGGGGCGAUUCGCAAUCGCAACCUACGUCCAAGCCCUCAUCGCAACCACUCUCCCAGAAUGAUGAGCAGCAGUCGACGUCGCAGACCUCGGCCAAGUCAGACACAACCAGCGGCACCACGCCCUCCGCUCCCCGCCCGUCACGCUCAGGGCCUGUCCGCAGAGUCGUUUCCGCUCAGCCCACCCGCCUCGAAGCCGUCGACGACCCCCUCGGCCCCCUGGGUCCUCUCGGCGCUCCCGCCGCUGCCGACAACGGCGCCGACGCUGGCCACGAUGCUCCGCCCGUUCCGCCGCAGAAGGAGCAGAUGGUGAUCCGCACCACGAUGCCGCCCCAGCAGGGACGCCGCUCCGGCCCGGCCGACCCGCACAACAUCGACGACGACGAGAACGACCGUCCCUCGGGCCCGAGGCAACCGCCGCCCGUCCAGGCUGCGCAUCCCAGCCCCGUGCGGACCCAUACCCAGCCCAGCGUCAGCGUCGAGCAGGCCAGCAAGCCAAGCUUCCACAUCUCCGUGGGAGACCCGCACAAGGUCGGCGACCUGACCAGCUCGCACAUCGUCUACUCCGUGCGGACCAAGACGUCCUCCAAGGCCUACAAGCAGCCCGAGUUCGAGGUGAAGCGCAGAUACCGCGACUUCCUCUGGCUGUACAACACGCUGCACGGAAAUAACCCGGGUGUCGUCGUCCCCCCUCCGCCGGAGAAGCAGGCCGUCGGCCGUUUCGAGAGUAACUUUGUCGAAGGGCGCCGGGCCGCGCUGGAGAAGAUGUUGAACAAGACGGCCGCCCACCCCACCCUGCAGCACGACGCGGACUUGAAGCUCUUCCUCGAGAGCGAGUCCUUCAACGUCGACGUCAAGCAUAAGGAGCGGAGGGAACCCAUCCCGGGCGAGAGCAAGGGUGUUCUCGGCAGUCUGGGUAUCAAUGUUGGCAGCAGCAACAAGUUUGUCGAGCAGGAUGAUUGGUUCCAUGACCGCAAGGUCUACCUCGAUGCGCUCGAGAACCAGCUCAAGGCUCUGCUCAAGGCUAUGGAGACCAUGGUCGGCCAGCGUAAGAUGAUGGCCGAGGCUGCCGGCGACUUUUCGGCGUCCCUCCACGCCCUGUCUACGGUCGAGCUCUCGCCUUCUCUGUCAGGACCUCUCGAUGCGCUCUCGGAGCUGCAGCUCACCAUCCGCGAUGUCUACGACCGCCAGGCCCAGCAGGACGUCCUGACCUUUGGCAUCAUUAUCGAGGAGUACAUCCGUCUUAUUGGCUCGGUCAAGCAAGCCUUCAGUCAAAGACAAAAGGCGUUCCAUUCUUGGCACUCUGCCGAGUCGGAGCUUCAGAAGAAGAAGAGCACUCAGGACAAGCUCCUGCGGCAAGGAAAGAGUCAGCAGGACAGGCUGAACCAGGUUAGUGCCGAGGUCGGUGACGCGGAGCGCAAGGUGCACCAGGCCAGGCUUCUGUUCGAGGACAUGGGCCGCCUGAUGAGGGCGGAGCUGGACCGCUUCGAGCGGGAAAAGGUUGAGGACUUCAAGAGUGGAGUCGAGACUUUCCUGGAGAGCGCGGUCGAGGCACAAAAAGAGUUGAUUGAGAAGUGGGAGACGUUCCUGAUGCAGCUGGACGCCGAGGACGACGAGACCGUCUUUUACCGGCCACCCGUCAUCCAAUCCUCAAAGCCGCCCGGCGACACGGCCAUUGACCGCGCUCGUGCCACAAUCAACGACGACUCUGACUAG